GUCGACUGAUCUCGUCGUACAAUACUGUGUUGUUCUUCCAUACUGGUAGACAGAUGUCGUGGUACAGAACAACGAAGCAUGAUUUGUUACUCUUCUCUUUUGGAUUACUCACAUUUGUUUGUGUACAACCAGCUACAUUGGGCGAAAUCGUUCCAGAGGAUCCAACGACUUGGUGCAAAACUUUUCGAGGUCCGGCUACAAAACCAAUAAGUCAGGCCUUCAGUUUCAUUAGUCUACUAGAACAUAUGAAUGAAGACCUUGGGACGAAAGUCACGAAAAGUCAACUUGCAGAAUGGUAUAACCAUACAGAAGUUCCAAGAUAUCGACAGAACGAACAAACAUUUUUACAGUUUUGUGAGAAAACUUAUUUGAAAGUGCUGGAACUGGCGAAUACCACUGCUAAUCAACAGUACAGCAUCUUCGACAUUCGUCCAAAAGUUUGGGCUGCGUCCAUCAUCGCUAUUGUCGUAGUCAGUGCUGUUGGACUGUUGGGCGUUGCGGUUGUUCCACUGGUGCAAAAAAUGUUUUUCAAUCAAGUGAUUCAAUACUUGGUCGCCGUUGCUGUUGGAACUCUGACGGGCGAUGCCAUGCUUCACUUAAUACCACAUGCUAUAUCUGCUGGUGAAGGUCACAGCCAUGAUGCUGGACAUGAGGAUGCCGGCAACGGAGAACGAAUAGCGGUAUACAAAGGUCUGGUUGCUCUCGGAGGCGUCUAUUUUUUCUUCAUGGCGGAAAAGAUCCUUGGUUUCGAAAGCCAAGAACGUGCAAUGCAGGAUCCUCGUAGGUCCAUGGACAUAAGACGCUUGAGUACGUUUCGGCCAUCCAUUGCACCAGCUACAUUGCAAGUUCCUGGACAACCACGGAGGUUGUCGCAGCUUGAUCCUUCCGUUUGUCGCAGAGCCUCCAGAGCCAUGUCCAUUGCUAAUGAAGAUGUAAUGACUACUGGCCUGAGCAGCAAAGCCAUGCGAAACAUCGAUUUACUCUACCGUUAUGCUGAGGAGGAUGCCCUUGAAGAUGAGAAGCUUGCUGAAAUGGACGAACAUAUUUCCCGUACUGGGAAGAAGGCGCAAGAAGAUGAGGAGGAUACUCAGUUGAAGUCGAAAAAAGACAGUGGAAAGACUGUUGGCACCGGGCCGUUGUUAGUUGUCCCCAAGGUGAUUGUAAUGCCUGACUCUGAGGACCGUCAUGAAAACGAACCAGCAUCUCCGGAGAAGAAGCACGAUGGUCAUAAGCGAAAGAAAGACAAAAUGGGGAAGGAUCACGGUCACUCGCAUGACGAAGAAAAAGACGAGCACGAAGACGAAGACGAUAAGAGAAAACACGGACACGGACACGCCCACAGGGUUCCUGGGUCAGUUGCAUCUGUCGCUUGGAUGGUAAUUUUGGGCGACGGACUGCACAACUUUACUGACGGAAUGGCCAUUGGGGCAGCUUUCGCUCAAAGUAUUUCGGGUGGAUUGAGUACAGCGGUGGCUGUUUUCUGCCACGAACUCCCUCAUGAACUAGGCGACUUUGCUGUUUUGCUGAAAACCGGAAUGCGUAUCAAAGAAGCUCUGUUUUUCAAUGUGGUGUCCUCCGUACUUUCGCUGUUUGGCAUGCUGAUUGGAAUCGCCGUGGGCAAUGUGGCUUCUGCAAGCUAUUGGAUUUUUGCCGUGACCGCUGGAACCUUCAUCUACAUCGCUUUGGUAGACAUGCUUCCAGAGUUGAGCUCAGCCGAGCUGCGCCCUGGACAGACAAGAGUUGGACAAGUAUUCCUACAGAGCUUUGGUUUGUUCACUGGGGUCGGGAUCAUGUUGUGCAUAGCACUUUUUGAAGACAAAAUCCAGGUGAUGAUUGACUAGCCUUUUAUCGCUGCAAAGAACAGAUCCAAAUCUCAUCAACCAACUCUCCUCGUUCAUCAUUCUGACUAUAUAUUUUAUUCAUCUAUUCGGUUAUGGGUCUACCCUUCAUCUAAUUGAUUGAUCUGAACUUAUAUCCCGC